UCGCUACUCCCAUUACAAGCAGUACGCCUCGCACGUUACCACAUUCUCACCCCCAACAGUCCAACUUCACGACAGCUUCCACACCACCGGAAGGUUCUUCAUGAUAUUCGAUCUCCCGAAAAUCUACUUCUUGCCAGUCGUUCAAGAGACGCGCCAAUCAAGAUAGCAGACUUCGGCUUAGCUGUACAGACAACGGAUAAUCAACCGAGACGACAUGGUUUAGCUGGCACGUAUGUAUACAUGGCGCCAGAAGUGAUAAGAGAAAUUCCGUACAACAAUGCGGUUGAUGUGUGGUCAUGUGGCGUUAUCCUCUAUUUGUUGCUGGCUGGCUAUCCACCGUUUAUGGACAGAGACGACGACCGUUUGCAGAGAAAAAUUCUUACCACUCGACACACUUACCCACCCAAUGAAUGGAGCCUCAUUACCCGGGCAGCGAAAGACCUGAUCGAUCGAAUGCUGGAACGGGAUCCAUCCAGACGAAUUUCAGCAGCUGCAGCUCUUCAACACCCGUGGCUGCGGGAAAGAGCGAGAGUUGCUUCGGACAUCCAUCUUCGGGAGGCUGUCGAUCACCUGAAACAGUUUAAUGCACGUCGUAAAUUCAAAGCAGCCGUUGUGACCACCAUGCUUGCAAACAGACAGUUAAAAGCAGUCAGACGUGAAAAUGAUGGUAAGAGUUUCAUCGAACCCGGUUUCGGUAUUGACCGCAGCACACUCGAUAUUAAGGCUAACCCUCAUGAGUGA